AUGGGCUAUGCUAUUUUUGUCUUUGGGCCAGCAGGAUCGGGAAAGAGUACGUUUUGCAGGAGCAUGAAGGAGCAUGGAGCUACGAUAGGAAGGAACUACAAGGUGGUCAAUCUUGAUCCUGCACAGGUAUCUACGGAUGAUGAGUAUGAGAUUGAUAUCAGGGAAUUUGUUACUGUUGAGGAGAUGAUGGAGAGCUAUGAUUGUGGACCUAACGGAGGAUUACUGGCGGUGCUUAAGGAGUUUUAUGAGAGUAUUGACGAGAUGAGUUUUGGGGAUCUUGAGGACUCAUUUCUGGUAUUUGACUGUCCUGGGCAGUUGGAGUUGUUUAUGCAUUCAGAUGUGAUGCUGAAGAUAAUUGAGCAUGUGAAGCAAUACUUUCGAUGCGGAGUUGUUUAUGUGAUGGAAUCGCAGUAUUUUGUGGAUAUUCACAAGUAUAUCAGUGGGUGUUUCUGUGCACUUGUAUCGAUGGCUAGGCUGUCUGUGACAUGCAUGAAUGUGAUUUCGAAGAUGGAUCUUAUUGCUGAGGAUGAGUCUGAGAUUUUCUACACGCCGACGAGUGAGAUGUCACGAAUGUUGGGAAAUAGCAAGUACUCACAGAUAUCGAGAAAGAUCCUGGAGUUUGUUGUUGAGAACAGUAUGAUUGACUUUAUUCCGUUGGAUUGGGGAAAGGAAGAGUCAGUGGAGCAGAUGAUGUAUCAAAUGGAUAGUGCAGUGCAGUACUACGAUGAUGCAGAACCUAGAGCACGUGACAUUGAUGAAUGA